AUGUCUUCAACCAGAAAGGUAGAGGCUGAUCUCCCAUAUCCCGAACCAUGCGUGUCAUAUUGGCAGCAACCACCAGAUGAAAUAGCAGACCUACGAUCAACACCAGAACUUCCCCAAGAUGCCGAUAUUGUCAUCGUUGGCUCUGGAGUCAGCGGCUCGAGUAUUGCCUAUAAUCUUCUGAGCGCUAAUCGCAAACUGAGGAUUGUUAUGCUAGAAGCUCGACAAGCAGCAAGUGGUGCCUCUGGUAGAAAUGGUGGCCACACGAAGACUGCCACAUACAGGUCCUUCUCGGAGAAUGUGGCCGCUGUAGGCGAGGACGAGGCCAUCAGAAUAUCCCAGCUCGAGUAUGACUGUAUGGCAGCUGUGCAUGCCUUCGCUAAGGAGAAGAAUAUCCAGUGCGAUGCUAAACGAUGUGAUACUGUUGACAUAUUCUACGAUAAAGAUCACCUUGUCGAGGCCAGACAAUCUGUGACAUUGAUGGAGAAACUGAUAGGAGAUUCUCAUCCAUGCUCAAAACACACCUUCUACUCAUCCGAGGAUACCGCAAAGCAAUUCUACGCAGAAAACAGUCUUGGAUGCAUUAAAUACGAAGCAGGAAGUCUAAGUGCCUACAAAUUCACGAUAGGCGUACUGAAGCUUGCCCUGGCACUGACCUUGAAUCUGCAGACCAACACAGUCGCAACAUUCAUAUCAAAGUCAAACACGGACGGAAAAACAAUAUGGACGAUCGACACACCCCGUGGCACAAUAAAAACACCAACUCUCAUCCUCGCCACAAACGGCUAUACCGCGCAUCUACUGCCUCAAGUGAAAGAAAUUAUCGUCCCCUUCCGCGGUGUCGUCACAGCCCAACGACCGGGCAAGUCGAUGCCGCAUGCAGGCAACCUCCCUACUACCUACUCUUUCGUAUACAAGGAAGGCUACGAGUACAUGAUCACUCGUCCGGCCAUUCAAAGCUCCCUCCCACCACCAAACGGUCACGUCUCGGACGGUCCAGGCGCAGACACAGACUCAGCAUACGACAUCGUGAUCGGCGGAGGCCUAACCAAAACACCAGACCUAGGCCGUUCAGAAUUCCACACAACAGACGACACCUUUGCCAACAUACCAGGUUCAAUAUCGUCCUAUCUGCACGACUGCACAGCAGACUUCUUCGGCAGCAAUUGGGGUGCUGAUCAUCCACAACGCAUCCGCCAUCUUUGGUCGGGAAUCAUGGGGUAUUCUGCAGAUGGCCACCCGCUGGUAGGUGCUUAUCCCGGCGAACCUGGAUUGUGGCUUGAUGCGUCGUUUCAAGGUCAUGGGAUGGUAUUGUGCUUUUUGUGUGCGAAGGCAGUCACUCAGAUGAUACUUGAUCAAGAUGACGAUAAGCUGGAUGAAUGGUUUCCGAGGAGCUUUAGGGUUACUGAAGAGAGGCUGAGGAAGAAAUUUGAUGGGAGGAUUGUGGGAAGAGAAAUUAGUGAGGCUGAGAGUGUCAACGGGCAGAGUGGGGUGAUCAACUGA